UCUUUUUUUUUUUUUUUUUUUGUUCCUUCAUCAAUGACCAAUUACCAGACCAUUAUAGAAAACGACACUUCAGCGUCUUCUAUUUCCUCUAUACCCGCACUGUCAGUGUUUUCAGAAAUUGGAGCCUCACUUGAUGAACAAAGGCCCUUACUAACGAAUUCAACGCAAGAUUCCUCCUGUGUUUAUUUUGAGGAGCCUAAAGCCACUGUUGCUAGUGCGUCUAUUAAUCUUUCCAACACCAUUCUUGGAACAGGCAUGCUGGCAAUGCCUGCAGCCAUUGCUUCAGUGGGAUUGAUUCCGGGCAUGAUGAUUAUCGUGUAUGCGGGAGUGACAUCGGGACUCGGCCUUUAUUUUCUAGCCCGAUGUGCUGAAAAAGUAGGGGGCAGAAAUGCAUCAUUCUCUUCCCUAUCAAAAUUAACUUGGCCCAAAUUAGGUAUCUUCUUUGAUUUGGCUAUCGCAAUCAAGUGUUUUGGCGUUGCGGUCAGUUAUCUCAUUAUCCUGGGAGACCUAAUGCCCCAAGUGAUCCGUUCGUUUUUCCAUGGUGCUGAGGAGAAUGCGAUUUUAAUGGAUCGUCGUUUCUGGAUUACGCUCUCUAUUUUCACUGCAGUAGGACCCCUCAGUUUCUUGCGGAAAUUGGAUUCACUGAAAUAUACAAGCUUGAUUGCUUUGUUUGCUGUAGCCUAUCUUGUAGUCAUUGUGGUCUAUCAUUAUAUCACACCUAAUUUCCCUCCUCCUCCUCCCGAAUCCAUUGAAUAUUUUCACCUGACCACCAAAAUCUUUAGUCAAUUGCCCGUCUUUAUCUUUGCCUUUACAUGUCACCAGAAUAUCUUUUCAGUUUACAAUGAAUUAGAAAACAACAGUGAAAGAUCCAUUGUAAAAGUGAUCUUUAUGUCCAUUGGUUCAGCUGGAUUUAUUUAUGAAAUAGUUGCUAUAUUGGGUUAUCUCAGUUUCGGUAAAGGUGUCUUAGGGAACAUUAUCCUUGAAUACCCUCAAAGUCAUUUUGUUGCGUUUGGUAGACUCGCUAUUGUAGUACUUGUUAUCUUUAGUUACCCACUUCAAGCCCAUCCAUGCCGUGCCUCGCUUGAAAAGAUCCUUGACUCCAAUCCUUUACCCAUGUCGGACAAGAAGCAUGCGUUGGUGACUGGCUUCAUUGUGGUAGCCAGUUACUUUUUAGCUAUCUCGAUUUCCCAAUUAGAUUUGGUUUUAUCGUUUGUGGGUUCAACGGGAUCCACUACGAUUUCAUUUAUCCUGCCUGGUUUAUUUUACUUUAGAUUGUAUCGUGAUGAUAGUUGGCAUUGGAAGCGAGUGGCAGCCUUGUUUUUAACCUUUUAUGGUAUCAUGGUAAUGACCGUUUGCUUAACGUUUAACAUCAAGCGAUUACUUUAAAUUUCCUCCCCCACUUCUUUAUAUAUAUAUAAAUAAAUAUAACAUUUUUAUUUUUAUU